AUUUACAAUCAGCCAUCCACUAAUCAAUAAAUCAACCACCCCAUCACCUCCUCGCACCUACAUCGACACACGCCAUUAGCCACCGCCCACCACCGACGACCAAUCCAUUGAGAACAUGCAGAAACUUCGGCACGUCUUCUCUCUCACUCGUCUUUCUCUCUCUCCUUCACUGCGAUGUUAUCCAUUAAUGGCUUCCUUUUCACCGUCUAAACUCCUACCUUCCAAAACCUUCGAGAAUCUUCUACCAUCAUCUUCCCCUGCUUCUUCUUCAAUGCGUUCUUUCUACACUCUUCCUCUCUUCGUUUCUAGAACCUUCUCUUCGAAUGUUCUCGACGAAUCUCAAGCUCCUGCUCCCAUCGAUUAUCGUUCUGUGUUACAGGAAGAUGAAUUUCAUCGACUAGCUGAUUCUACCAUCCAUCAUCUUCUUGAGAAACUGGAGGAAUAUGGUGAUACUGUUGAGGUUGAUGGAUUUGACGUAGAUUAUGGGAAUGAGGUUUUGACCUUGAAGCUUGGGGAGUUGGGCACUUAUGUGGUGAAUAAACAGACGCCAAACAGACAGAUCUGGUUGUCUUCUCCAGUAAGUGGUCCUUCAAGAUUUGACUGGGAUCCUGCUUCUCAAGCUUGGAUUUACCGUCGAAAUAAAGCAACUUUGUCAGGGAUUCUAGAGAGUGAGCUGGAGCAGCUGUUUGGUAAAUAUCACUGAUGAACGACCCAGAUUUUAUUUUUUGCAAUAUUAAUUCUUUUUUUUUCCUAAUUUUUGUGUAUUUGUUUUGUAACUAUUUAACGACAACGUUUAGAGAUUUUGGUAUUGAUAUUUAACAUUUUAAUUAAUACUCUUUUUCUAAAAAAAACUUUUAAUAGAGUACUUUGAUUUUUAGUGAUAAUUUGAUUGCCUAAGAUUUUGUAAAUCAAAGAACAUAUCUUCGGACUUUAAUUUGGACACGCAUAAAUAAAUAAAAAACGAGGCAUGUAACAUACUAACAUAUACUAUUGUUUUGAUGUGAUACAUUAUUGUUUAUAUGUGAUUGAUCGGGCUUGAUUUUCUUUGUAAGGAAAAUAUUAAGAUAAAAAAACUAUAAAUUAAAGUGAGAUUUUCAAGAACUAUUACUCGUACUUUGUUUAUUUGCUAUAUUGUUACUUUGAGAAUGAAGCCACUAACUUUGACGGAUUAUUAUGAUUUUUCGAUAAGUAAAAAUAUAAUCAUAUGUGUUCUUAUUAGAUUUGUCUUGAUGUGUAAAUUCAUAAUAUCACAUUUUUAUAAUUUUUACUUAAACAAUAUAAGAGAUAUCGAGGGUUAAAUAACGUAUUGAAAACCGUGCAACAACAACUAACGUAGCAAAUAAAAAAAAGCGGAGGGAGUAUAUCAUUUUCUUAUAAAUUAAUUACUCUUAUAUGCAGGUCAAAAAAGAGUUUUAAAUCAAAUAAAGGUGUAUUCACCUUGUUUGAUAAUCAAUAUCUUAAGACAAAUUUUAACAUAAUUCGGGACAUUUUAUCAAUUUUUAAAAUCCUAACAUGAUAUAAAUUUUUCUAACUGAACAAUAAACUACCUUGUUCGCUAAAAAAUAAUUCCUCAAUUUUUUUUAAAUACAACACUUUGACUUUUAUACUAUACAUCUACAUCAUUUUGAUCGUAUUUUUUGUUGAUACAUAAAAACAAAAAUAAUCAUGUAAAAUGUUCUUGGAUUUUGGUUCAAUGAAUAUUUUCAUAAUAUCAACUUUUUAUAAUUUUUACAAAUACAUAAUUAGAGAUAUUAAUGGUUAAAGUUAUAUAUUGACAUACAUUGACAAACGUAAAAGUCAAAUUAUUUACAUUUAUUUAGAAACAGAGGUUUCAGCAUAUGACAUCACUACAAGUCAUAGACAAUACUUACAGCAAACAAAAUAUUUUUGAAAUCCUUGGGAAUUUGAAGGGAAGACAAUCAAAUAAUGAACAAACAAACUCAUACGACAUAAGGUCCUAAAAGAAAUUUAGGGUUUGUUCGUUGUAGUUUUUUGUUUUCAGUUUUUCAAAACUAAAAAUAGUGAUUUUUACUUUUCAGUUGUUAGAUUUCAAAAUCUUCAUAUUUUUAAUAGGUUUGACUAAUUUUUUUCCAUUACAAAACAUAUAUCAUAUGACUCUUAAAUACAAAAAACUAAAAACCACAAUGAUACCAGAUGGCCCUUAACUAUUCACUUCAUUGUUUUUGUUAACCAACUUGAAUUAUAUUACAAGGUAAUUCCUCCAUAAUAAUGUCAAGUCAUUUCUUAAUAAGUUAGUACUAGCUCUAUUAUUAGUGAUUCUCCUAUCUUCUUAGAUAGUUUUUCGUUUGUCUUCUUCUAACAAUGAAGAUUAAGCUCCUCUUAAACAAGAUUAAGAUUAUUUACUCUCUCUGACUAUGGCUAUGUUCAGUUCACCUUAUUUUUGCUUAUUUCAGAUCUAAUCAGAUCAGAUCAGAUCAGAUCAGAUCAGAAAAAAUAAGUUCAGAUCAGAUCAGAAAAAAUAAGUUCAGAUCAGAUCAGAUCAGAUCAGAUCAGAUCAGACCAGAUCAGAUCAGAUCAGAUCAGAUCAAUUCAGAUCAUAUCAUGCUUAUAUUUAAAAACUCAUUAUUAUUAAAUAUCUUUCACUACAUAUUAAUAAAAAUUAUAAUAAUUGAAUAUUAAUAAAGUACUCAUUGAGACGAAUCAAACAAGACCCCACUGACUAUAUUUUUUCUUAUAUAUUGAGAAAAAUCUAAAAGAUUAUCUCUAAUUGUGAAUAGUGUCAAGAUUCUAAGUGAGAAAGAUAAAAAAAUACAAAGGGAGUAUUAUUAUUUACUAGUACAUUUGUUCAAAAGAAUUAUUAUUGUUGUUUUUGUUGUUGUACUUAUUAAUUAUUAAUAUUGGUAAUUAUUAUUAAUCUUGUUGUUACCAUUAUAAAUGUCAUUGUUAUUAUUAUAUUAAGUUAUUUUGUUGUUAUUAAAUAAUAGAAAAUUAAAAGCCACGUGUUAAGAACAUAAGAUUGACGCAAAAAUAAGAAAUAUAUAAAAUAUGAUAUCUCAAAUUCAUGACAACGAAACUAUAAGUUCGGAUUACAUUUCAAAAUAAGCUAAGUGUGAGAUACAAAUUAUAAAUUUAGAUUCGGUAUAACUCUUCCUACCGAAUUCCAAAUCUCUCUAGCUAUUUGAAGUUGCACGAUAUUUAUUUAUUUUUUGCUCAAGUCAUAGUUGUUUGUAUAUCUUAUUCUAUUUUAUAUGGAAAAAAAAGAGUUGAGUUUGCCGA